GUUGGCAUUGCCCUGGAAAGCGCUGGUCGCACCAAGCUUGACUACUAUACGAUAAACACCAAAUUCCUGCAGAGUCUCUUCAUCGCCGUCUUUCCCUAUUGUACAAUUUGACACGGCUGACUGUGCGCAUCGCCGGCAUUAUACCGCCAGCGACACAUCAGCAUGCCGCUGCGGCGAUCUCGUAGUAACGCGCUAUUCUGGCUCACCUUGAUCGCCCUCAUCAUUGCGUUCGAAGUGCCAAGAUGUGGAGUGAGAGCUGCCCCAGUAGUCUCUUCUGCCCGGCGCAAUUCGACAAUGGCUCGACACCUCGAUCAGCGAGGUUCGACUACGGCGACGCAAUUUGCACAGCAACCUACCUUCGCCGCCUCGGAGCUCGAUGCGCGGACGCGGGUCGCACAACAAUUCGAGCGCAGCACCGCAAUCUUGCGGGCGCGCGAGCUUUCACAAGGGCGGCGUGGGACGCGGUCCAGCUCGACGAGCAAGAAUGGCCCUCGCUGGAGAGCGGCAGAUGCGCGACUCGACAGGUCGCGCAAGAGCGGUCCCUCUUCUUGGACUAGAGAACUGCGGGCCGACAUGACGAGCACCCACGUGCAUCGUCGCAGUGAGGACGACCGUCUAGGGAGAGGAGUCAUGCUGAUCGAUGAUGAGCUUGGCAGGAGAAAAGUGUUCCAGCCCGCUUCUCCUUCCCCCUCCUUGCAUCGACGCAACAUUUUCAAAAAGAUAGGUCACGCGUUCAAAAAAGCUGCCGAGACGGUGGGAGGCGGCAUCAAAAAGGCGGCCGAAGUGGUUGGGGGAGGGGUGAAGAGCGUUGCGGAAAAGAUUGGGGAUGGGGUCAAGAGCGCUGCUCAGAAAGUGGGGGGCGCGGUGUCGGAUGCGGCCAAGGUGGUGGGUGAAAAGGUCGUCACUGCUGCGGAAGCUACGGCCAAUUUUGCCCAAAGAGCUGGAAGAGGCAUCGCCACGGUUGCGAGCAGAGUCCCGGACACGGCAAAAGCCGUAGCCAACGCGACUGUUAAUGGUUUCAAGCCUAGCGCGCUGGUGCAAGAGGCCAAAGCGGGUCUCACGUACGGAGCGCCAGGAGCGAUGAUCACCAAGUUUGGAGGAAUAGCUGCAGCUUUCGGACAUUUGGGAGGCAAGAAAGCGGGAAUGAUGGCGGACGCUUAUGCACAAGUCGGCAAGAAUUUGUUGGCAGGUGACAAGGCGAUCAAGUAUGUUGGAAAGCCAGCGAGCUGGAAAGAGGUGGGCAUUUGAUAUGCUUGCUCUCCUCUCCUCAAACCAAAUCCGAG